AGGCAACAGUUAAACACAACCCUAGCCAAUGGGAGCCAAUGGGAUUGCAAGUAGCAGAGAGGGCGUUGCAGGAAAAGACAUCCCCUCCACAUUAGGUGACAGCAGCUGGCUCCUCCCCCUGCCAGUACGAAGCGCCUGUGAUGAUGACAGAGAAAAGCUAACACGGAGCCAGAGCUGCACCAUCCUCUCUUUCAUUCCGGGAGCUGCUCCCAAGCUUCCUACAAACACGCGCACUUGUGUUAUUGGGAGCAGCUUUAUCCAGCCUCUUUUUUGUUUCAUCCUUUCCGACAUUGCGUUGUAGUUUCCCAAGAGGAAGUGGUGGAUCCUGGCAUGAGCUGGGCAUGGAGGGCAGAGAUGGGGAUGUGGCCCCUCCAUUCUGAGAGGUGAGGGGAGCAAGAAGAAGGGUUUGCAUUUGUAUUAGGACUUCCUUUCUGUAUAGUGCACGCGGCUGCAGCACCCAGCUCCCGUCUGUUCCCUGUCAGGGCUCUGCUCAGCUAUGCUGCCCGGGGUAGGGGUCUUCGGCACAAGCCUGACAUCGAGGGUGAUUAUUCCGCUGCUGAAGGACGAGGGCUUCUCGGUGAAGGCGCUAUGGGGAAGGACACAGGAGGAAGCCGAGGAGCUGGCUAAGGAGAUGAGUGUCCCUUUCUACACUAACCGCAUCGACGACGUUUUGUUGCACCAGGACGUGGAUCUGGUUUGCAUCAACCUGCCACCUCCUCUCACCAAGCAGAUCGCUGUGAAAACCCUGGGCAUUGGGAAAAAUGUUAUUUGUGACCGAACAGCUACCCCAUUGGAUGCUUUUAGAAUGAUGUCAGCUGCACACUACUACCCCAAGCUGAUGAGCAUCAUGGGAAAUGUCUUACGGUUUCUUCCUGCUUUUGUGAAGAUGAAGCAGCUAAUACAGGAAGGCUAUGUAGGCGACCUUCAAGUGUGUGAGGUUCAGGUCCACAGUGGAAGUCUUCUGGGAAAGAAGUACAACUGGAGUUGUGAUGAUCUCAUGGGUGGAGGUGGUCUGCACUCCGUAGGGAGCUACAUCAUUGACUUGCUGACUUUCUUAACCAGUCAAAAAGCUGUGAAAGUUCACGGACUCCUGAAGACCUUUGUGAAGCAGACAGAUCAUAUAAAAGGUAUACGUCAGAUUACCAGCGAUGAUUUUUGUACAUUUCAAAUGGUGCUAGAAGGAGGAGUGUGCUGCACUGUCACUCUUAACUUCAAUGUCCCCGGCGAGUUCAAGCAAGAUGUCAUUGUUGUAGGCUCAGCUGGUCGACUCAUUGUAACAGGGAUAGACCUUUAUGGACAAAGAAACAGCUCCUCUGACCGUGAACUGCUUUUAAAAGACUCAACCCCUGUCAGCAACUCUCUUUUACCCGAAAAGGCAUUUAGUGACAUUCCAUCCCCAUAUCUUAGAGGAACUAUUAAAUUGGUACAGGCCGUGCGCCAGGCAUUUCAAGACCAGGAUGACAGGAGAACAUGGGAUGGUAGGCCGCUGACCAUGGCUGCCACAUUCGAUGACUGUCUGUAUGCUUUAUGCGUAGUUGACACCAUUAAAAAAUCUAAUCAGAUUGGUGAAUGGCAGAAUAUUGUGAUAAUGACUGAAGAACCUGAACUGAGUCCUGCCUAUUUAAUUAGCGAAGCAAUGCGCAGAAGCAGAAUGUCUUUGUAUUGUUAGCUUAGAAAUCGCUUGAACUUAGAAUAUGGAUUUUAAGGCACUUAAAAACAAACUUGUGCCAGGGUGAAUGAUGCAGCUUUGUGACGCAAUGCAUUUAUCUUGGAUUCAUUGCUGUUUCCAGAAAGAAACAAAUCCUUCUCUGUCCAUAUCAGAUAAAACUGUGAACUUGUAUGAGAAUGUAUUUUUUGGUUGGGUUGGUACACAAAAAAGAAAUUAUAUUAUUUUGUCUUGUGUAUUGAAAACAAACGGGUUAUCACUGAACAUGUCUACAUUUCUGUACAGGAUGCUUGUAUAAAAACUUUGCAAAAUGUGAAUGUUACUGUCACUGGAUUGUAUUAUGAAACCUGUACUGAACAUUUACCUGAGAUGUUAAAUGAGAUAUGAAACAAGU